AUGGCUACCAUGUUCCGCUCAUCUUUGGUGUUCCCAGCUCUCAGCAAGGGGUUCCUGCGUCCCCCCACCAAGCCGGCGACUUGCAGGCCAUGCAUCCGCCAGCAGUUCUACUCCACGCCGCCUCUGCUGGGCCGCCUGACGGACGUCAUCAGAGAAGACCACCGCGAUCUUGGGGCGUACUGUAAGCACAUCCUCGAGGCCACCGAUAUGAACGAGCAAGCGCGCUUCCAGAACCUCUUCAUCUGCGAGGAGCUCGUCGUCUACCCGGUCCUGGAGAAGCAUGUCGCCAACGGCAAGAUCCUCGCCGACAGGGACCGCGCGGAGCACCAAGCCGUCAAGGAGAAGCUCUACUGGUUCCAGGAACGCAGGCCCGAGGACUUGGACUUCGAGCCCGCGCUCAGUUCCCUGAUGGAAGACCUGAGGCGGCACAUCAGGACGGAGGAGGAGGAGGACCUGAUGUUCACGCCGACGCGGAGCCACCCGUCCGCGCCGAACAAGCCGCCGUUCGAGACGGUCGUCGGGCUGAUGGAGGCGCCGCUGGACAAACUUCGCGACUUGUUCGCCACGUUUCCGACGGAGGAGGAGAAGGCAAAGGCAAAGGCAAAGGCUGACUCCUGA